AUGCUGGGAUUGAGUGGUCGUGUAGGAUUCCUUAAUUCAAGACUAUUGGCGACUAUCCAACUGGGUUGUAGUAGAGUGAAGUCCUUUAUACUUUUUGAUAUCUGUCUCUUAAUAAAUGCAGAUUGCAACGAAAUGAUCUUAAUGCCAACGGCUCAGGAGAUCAUAACUAAACUCCGUCAAUUCAAGGUGCCGGUACAUCCUCGCAUCCGUCUCUUCUUCCAACUCCUCAAGAAAGCCAUGUUAGACCACGCUCAACGAAACGCAGACACUCUGUACAACCCAAACGUUUAUAAUGAACUCAAAGAUAAUGCUACAUGA